GUUUCAGAUUUCGUCCUUGAUGCAAUGGGAUUGUUCGGCGAUGAACUCCUUUUACCACCCGCAGAUUGCGCUAGAAUUCACGGAAGGUACUGGGCUGCUCUGGGCGAGACGGAGUCUCAAAGAAGAAAAAGGUUCGAUGCGCUAUCCGAAGCGCGAACAGACUGGAGUACGCAUGCACGCGAAGCCCUUUGCAGAGCAUUAGCCGACAUUCGUCAAUAUGAAUUCGAUGCAGCACGCCUGACGCUCAUGCCGCCCAAGAAAAAAAGAGUAAUAACGACGCAAGAAGGAACAACGAUCGAGAAAACGGAAGUCCGUGAGUCGCCUGAGGAAGAUUGAUCCCUUUUUUGUGUUUUCGCUCACAGAUGUAUGAUCUUCUUGUUGCGAGAGCUUUGAUGUUGAUUUUCUGUUCUUGAGAGUAGAUCUUUCUGUUUUUGCUCAGGAAUGUAUAAUUUUGCUGCUGCGAUUCUGUUGUUACGAGUUUCCUUAUCAUUUGUUAUGGUUUUGUCGUUGAGUUAACCUAAG